UGGAGUUUUUUUCUGUUUUUUUAUUUUCUCACGGAGAGAUGAGCAGGGAGAGAGGAAUGGAGGCAGAGAGGCUGUUUGUGUUUACAGAGCGACAUGCUAGUUAAGCAGAUGAACACAGAGGCCUCCUUGUAGCUUAAAGCGAGCCAGCGAACAAAAGGAGAAAUUAAUGGAGGCUAGUGAGCUGGCUCCCCUCGUCUCCCCUCUAACAAGCUAACUAGCCAUGUUUGUUUACAACCCCGACAGCUCGUAAAGCUAUUGACAGCUGUUCAGGUGCGAUGUGACACAUGCAGUGCUUCGAAAGGACUUCCUGCUUUAAAUGUUAUCUUCAACAUUAGCAUUUUAAAGGUGUUAUCAAUCCCUGCUGCUGCUGCUGGGAGUUUGCUGUUAGCAGAGCCACAGUGUUGGAGGCAGCUUGUCAAAAAUGGCUCUCGGGGCUCUGAAACGUUGACUUUGUUUUUGCACUUUUUAACAUCCUACAAGUUUUCAGACAGCAACAGCAUAAAUAAUGGACGACUCCCAUUUCAACUCGUCGUACUUUUGGUCUCCCGUCCCCACUGUACAAGGACAGAUCGAGAACGCCAUGUUCCUGAACAAGGCGAAGGAGCAGCUGGGUCAAGAGAAGGCCAAUGUGCCCUCCUUUCCUCACUCCUCGGCGUCUUCCACCUCCUCCCCCCACUACCCGACGGCCGUGCUCGCCAUCCCCGGCUCGGUGGAUGGAGGGACCGGGCUGCGGCUGGUCCCCAAACAGGAAGGAGGUGGAGGAGGAGUUGGGAACAACGGCGGCACACUAAGUGUAGUCGGGGGACAACUGCACCAGACGCACACCUCGCAGAACAUCACCGUUGUGCCUGUUCCCUCCACGGGGAUCAUGACUGCGGCGGGGUUAGUAAUCACCACCCCUCAAGGCACGCUGCUGCCCACUGCCUCCACACAGUCGUUUGUAACGGGACCCCACACUGCCACCACCAUGAUUGUGUCUGCACUGCACCCCUCGAAUACAGACAAGAAGGAUGACAUUAAUAUCCCACCUGCAGUUGUCAUGCCGACGCCAUCAAAGCGGGGCAGGAAGAACAAACAGAUGAUGGGAAGAAUGGCAGGAGUGGGUGGGGUCCUUCCUCCAGGAAGUGAUGCGUUAAUAUUGGCUCACCUCGCAGCUGGUGGUCAGCAUCACUCUGCUGAUCCUUAUGAUCUAUCCAAUGAUGAGGACGAUCAUCCCAGCAAAGAAGGUCCCAAAUCCUACAGGUGUCGAAUGUGUGCAGUGACGUUCUUCAGCAAGUCCGACAUGCAGAUCCAUGCCAAGUCCCACACCGAGGCCAAGCCCCACAAGUGCCCUCACUGCUCCAAGUCGUUUGCCAACUCCAGCUACCUUUCCCAGCACAUCCGCAUCCACAGCGGGGCCAAGCCCUACUCCUGCACCUACUGCCAGAAAACAUUCAGGCAGCUCAGUCACCUACAGCAGCACACACGAAACCACACUGAGGCCAAGCCCCACAAGUGUCCCCACUGCUCCAAGUCGUUUGCCAACUCCAGCUACCUGUCCCAGCACAUCCGCAUCCACACCGGGGCCAAGCCCUACGCCUGCUCCUACUGCCAGAAAACAUUCAGGCAGCUCAGUCACCUACAGCAGCACACACGGAUUCACACAGGUGACCGACCGUACAAGUGUAACCAUCCCGGCUGUGAAAAAGCUUUCACUCAGCUGUCCAACCUGCAGUCUCACCGUCGGCAGCACAACAAAGACAAGCCGUUCAAGUGCCACAACUGUAACCGUGGAUACACGGAUGCUGCCAGCCUGGAGGUGCACCUGUCCACACACACCGUCAAACAUGCCAAGCUGUUCUCCUGCGGCCUCUGUAACAGAUCCUACACCUCGGAGACGUAUCUAAUGAAACACAUGAGGAAGCACAACCCUGACCCGCUAACGGUGGCAGCAACAGUCGCCGCUCAGCAGGCGCAGGGCCUCACGCCGGGCAGAGGCAGAGGCCGCGGCCGAGGGAGAGGAGGCGGUGCCGGGGGAAGAGCGGGUCAGCUCCAAAAUCAGAACAACCCCAACAACAACCAGAACCCUAACCCCGGACUCCCAGGCAGCUACCAGCCCCCACAGCAGCCCACAGAAGCUUUGGUUCAGUGUCCGUUUGACCUCCACCAGUACAAGACAGUGGCUGCCAGCGAGAUCCAGUACAAACCAGUCACGGUGGGGGAGCUGCCAGUGACCCACAAAGACCUCUGCCUCACUGUCUCCACAUCAGCCAUACAGGUGGAGCACAUGAACUCAUAGGCUGCGUUUCCCUACUCUGUUUGAGGGAGUACUAACCAUGUCCGAAGUGUAAAAAAGCUCCAUAUGAACGAGUCAUUCAAGUGCACUCAUUAUUCUGGUCACCUGAAGAGAGAAAAGUUAUCCAAACCUCUUUUUUAAAUACCUCCACACGAGGAAAACUGAAACUCACCCAGCAGCAGGUUUUUUUUCUUCACUUUUCAGGAGCUUUAAUGCUGAGUGUAACUCUAAAUGACUCGUUUCAAAGCAGAUAUUUUACAGCCUACUUCUUGAUUCCUGAGCCCACAUGUGCCAAGUAUCUCUCAGUACAUUUCUGGUCUUGAUCACUGAUGUGAGUAGCUAAUUCUUCAGCAUGAAGCCAAAACCUUCAAAAACCUAAUCUGGGAUCAGUUUUAGCUUUUAUAUAAUCAUGAGUGACGUUAUAUUCAUACCUGAAUUUCUCAAGAAAACCUGUAGUCUGACCAGCAGUUCCUCUCUGGACAUCAAGAGUCUCACAUAUGUCUCUUUUUAUUGCAUUGUUUGUUAAUGGGAAUCACUGGAGGAUGAAGGUGUAAAAUAUCUGUAAAGUUCAAAGAAAUUACACUAUUCUCCGCUCGUAAAUUAUCUGGAGAAUGGUGUCAUUUUGAAGAUAUUCAGAUCACAUUAAUCUGAACAUUCUCUUUAGUUCAAGCCAAAACAAGGGGGAGAGAACAUGACGAGGAAUCAAUGAUAAAGACUGAGGAGUUACGUAAAAGCAACUGGGGGAAGGACAGGACGAAGUAUUGCUUCAAGAUAUGAGGAGUGACUGAGCAAACACACGUGAACAGCUUCUGAAUGACACCGUCAACGUGCCGAGGAGAAAGGCGAAGUUAGAGCCUGAGAAAAGACAGAAAAAGGAGACGCUCAGCAGGAAGAGGAGGAUGCAAUGUAUUUUGGGAUUAGGCUACAACCUGGACCUGAAUCUUUAAGUGUGCAUUACACAAAUCAUGAUGUCCUCAUUGACACCCACUUACCCUCAGACAGUGGGGAACGGAGGAGCUGAUUCUUUAUUGGAGCGCAAAGAAAAGAAUGCACUAGACGUGAGGGGAUCUGCAGAGAGCGAGGUGGAAACAGGAGAAAAAAGGGGAAGGUGGGGUGGGAGGGGUUUAAAGAAAGCACUUGAUGAAGCUUGUUCUUCACGCCUAUGUUUGUCAUCAUUGUACUUUUUUUUAUAUAUCAUAUGUAUGUAUUUUUCUACCAACAGAGGAACGUGUGAACAAACUCAGAGAGAGCGCAAAGUGAACGCAUGAAUGUGAAGGGAACAGAGAGAAAAAAGGCCAAACAGAGUGAUUUUUUUUUUUCACUUUUUUUUGUGUUUUAACUCAAAGAAAGAUCGUUUACUCUCCUCCAAUAAGAACAGAGCCCGGCUCGUCGUUUUCAGGGCGGUUUGUUGGGGGAAUAAUGAUUGUGUGAUAAAAAUGGCUGACAGGUACUGUUAUCAAUCUUUUUUUAAAAGAACUUUUCAUACAUAUUAUUACUACUUUCAUUAUUACUGUAUUGCAAAUGUUAUCCACAUUAUUAUCAAUCUGAGGCAUUAUUGUAUUGCAGUAUGCUGUACAUAAAAUAGAUAGAAAAUACUUUUUCAUCCUUAAAAGGGAAGUUGUCUCAUGUAAAGCAUAUAUGGAAACUUAAAGGAACUCAAUUUAACGUGUAUCAAAUCACGGGCUGUGUCUCAGGUCACCUUUAGAGACGUUUAGUCUCAGACCGUCUUCAGAGGGGUUUGUUUUCUCUCUGUGAUGUAUGACGCCAUGUGCAUCACGUCCUGCUCUUCAAACCAAACACAUGUUGCACUCUGUGAUAUUUAUUCUGAUUAUGAUAAGACCUGAAGAGAUUCGGCCAAAUUAACUUUGUUUUGUUGGGAGUCACUAACAGAAACACAAAGACUGUAGAUGCUGCUCAGUGUCAGCUGCCCUGCACAAAUGGACAAUGAAAAAGAGUGUAGAGAUAAUCUCUUCACAUGCAUUUGGAUUAUGAUGUAACCUGCAAUGGUUUGGUUACUCUGUGUAUUCUCAAAGAAGGGAGUGAAUCAGAGAUUUGGUUUUUGUUGAUAUCACAAAGUCUGGCAAAACACUUAUUUUGUUUGUUUGAUUACGGCGGCCUGCGGUUUAUAUGAGGGUGGAUCAUAUAUGGAUCAAAUCCAAUCAUGAAGUCACAAAAAAACUCUAAAAUAUGAUUUGAUAAAUUUCUAACUGGAAUUUUCCAGAUGUUUAAAUGAAAAACAAUCUAAUCCUUUAACAAAAUAAAUAUAUGCAGUGGUUGGUUGAUACAUUUGUCGGCAAAUGUUAAAGAUAAUAAUAUGAAGUGACGUGCCAAUGACUUUAAUUUAAUGAUAAGCGAAUGGAUCCAUAGUUUUAUAUCCUAUUUGGCUCAUUAGACAGUGCAGAAGAGAUCUACACCAACUUGAAAACCAGCACAAACUGCUUCAAAUGAAGCAUAUCUCAAUGGUUUGAUAUCAAAACUGUGAUGUGGGAUGACCUGGGACACAGCAGCCAUGCUUUGUGCAUAAGCUAUCUCUACCCAUUGAAAAUGUUGAAGCAGCCUGUUCUACUGGCUCAUAGUCUUCAUGUAUACUCCUCCUUGUAUUUCAUUGUGUCUUUUUAUGAAAAAUAACCCAUUCUCAAUACUCUCGUUAAUGUUAUUACUGAUGCUCCUGAUAAUAAUACAUUCAUCAUCUGCCCUCUGAUGCUACACUCUUGCAUACUGUACGCACAGUUACACCUCUUUCUCAUCUGAACAGACUGUUUCUUCCCUAAAGGAGAAUAAAGUUCCAAAACAGACUAUGAUAAAAAAUCACAA